AUGGACUUCAUGGAGGAUGAACUGCAGCCAACUCCAACCGUGAUAGUAGAUGUUUGGGAAAACAGGGUUAAUUCAUCAAGAAAUUCUGCCAACCCCAGCAGCUGGGACUUUAGCAGUUCAUUUUUCUUUGCUGGAACAGUGGUCACCACAAUUGAUGAAGAUGCUGGCAGUGGCUUUGUUCCUACAUAUGGGAAGUUGGUCAUUCCCCCUCUAAUCUUCAGCUACAUAGAAGGCUGGUCAUAUGGAGAAGGGUUCUACUUUGCCUUUAUAACACUCAGCUCCAUUGGGUUUGGAGACUAUGCUAUAGGCUGGUAG